AUGACUGGCGCGGUCUGCCCAACUACGGUUGAGAUCACUCAGCGCUACGGAGAGGCUAUUGAUGCAUCUUUGCCGCCACCUGGGGUUCUCUUGACCCUUCCAAACGAGGUUCUCCUUCACAUCCUUGGCUUCUUGGACGUGUCCGACCUCUUAUCCACCUCACGGGCAAAUCACCAGCUUCGGGAGCUGGCGUUGACUCCCAUUCUUCAUGCAAACCGCCUCCGCCACAACAGGGCGAUCCUGCCCCCACUGCUCUCGUCUCCAUCGCGCCCAUCCCGCUCCGAUCUGAUUGCACGGUCCAUCGUGCAAAGCCGAACGUCUGUCGUGUCGCGUCGCCUCAACCGCAAGCUCAUUUCCAUCAGGCUCUCUCGCCGCCUGGCGGCGAGGCCAUCGCCCGAAAGCCUGGUGCAGCGGUGUGUUCUCCUCGCGAAUGCGUGCCGGGACUUUGCACCGUGCACGUAG